AUGGAUUUGUGGGAUCGUAUUUGCACAAAUCUUGGAACUCGGAAAAUCACAGUUAAGGAUUUGUCAAGGAAGAGUUCCAUGGAUCUCAGGUUGCUCUACGGGGUUGGUUAUGGUCAUCCUUGGUAUGGUAAAUGGGAUUACAAAUUCUGCCAUGGAAGCUUUGGAGUGACAGAGCUUGGUUAUUCUAGAGCCAUCGAAGUUCUAAGCUCAUUGCAACUUGACCAAAUCGUCAAAGAUUUUGGUGACGCUGGCAAAUGCAGAAGCAAAAUCAAGCAAUUAAUUCGUCACUACAGAGAUAUGAAUGAAACCAAGCUGAUGACACUCAAAGAUCUUCUCAGAUUCAUGUUAACUAUCAAGUCUUAUGCUCCUGUGCAUAUAAACAAGAAAGCUACGUAUACUGCCUCUCCUUCAUCUUCUACCUCAAGACCACGUGUAAUUGCCAAUAUGGAGGAUGGAAAAUGGUCUGCAAAAAGACUUGGAGAUGCUCUAGAAGUGAUUGUAAAUGUAUUGAAAGAGAAGAACGCUGAAAACUUUUGUCAUGGCGGUAUGCCUCGUCAAGAUUUGAGAGCUGCAGCUCGGGUUCACAUCGGUGAUACAGGUCUGCUGGAUUAUGUGCUAAAAUUACUGGACAAUGUGAUUGUAGGAAACCAUGUUGUGCGUCGUACGAAGAACCCAAUGACUCGUAUUUUUGAAUACGCACUCCAUGAGCUUGGCAAUGGGAUUAAGGCCUCUGAAGUACUUCCAAAUCCCCUUUCAGAACCAGCUCUGGAGCCAGGACUUGAUGUUUAUGAUGAUUUGGAUUAUUUGUAUAGCAAUAUACUGGUGGAUUAUCUGGGAUCGGAUUUGGUAAAGAAGGCAACUUGGGAAGUGCUGAACUGCAAGUAUUUUGUGAAAGAGUGGCCAGUACUUAUUGAUGAAAAUGGUCAGUUUCUGACAUUUACUUGUCGCUUGAUGCCUUUGGGUGAAAUAGAAACUAAAAUGGAGAAGGGAUUACCACUGGGUGAAGUUGUUGUUGUUGUUCCACUUCAUGCAACAGUUCGAGAGUUAAAACAGGCGGUGGAGAGUGCAGCAAAGAAGACAUACUGCAUCGCCGAAAAUUUUAUGGUGACGAAUAUUGAGAAGCUGGAGGGCUUGAACGAUGAGACAUUUCUUUCUGAAGCAGUAGCAUCAGGUAUAGACCUUUGUGUUACAGGGAUCAGGUUAGCUUUGGAGAAUCCUUUGAGGUGCCAAGCCGGGAUUGAAAGUUGGAAAGUGAGAUGCACAUGUGGUGCUACAGAUUAUGACGGGGAGAGGAUGGUAGCAUGUAAUUUUUGUGAUGUGAUGAUGCACACUCAUUGCUGUGGCAUGAAGGAUACCCAAGUCAUCCCGCAGGUGUACAUUUGCGAAGGGUGCGAGGUCUUCAGCUCACUUAAGGAACCAAUAUACAAUAUGUGA